UGUCAGACUAGUGUUUACGUCCGCCGCAGCGAGAGCAGCCUGCAGCGCUAACCCUGUGCGAGUGUUCCGCACCCGUGGAACCCUUUAAAAUAUGCAAAAAUAUGAAAAACUUGAGAAAAUAGGGGAAGGUACAUAUGGUACUGUUUUUAAAGCAAAAAACCGCGAGACUCAUGAGAUUGUUGCCUUGAAACGCGUACGGUUGGACGAUGACGACGAGGGUGUACCGUCAUCGGCAUUGCGUGAAAUUUGUUUGCUCAAGGAGCUUAAACACAAAAAUAUUGUACGUCUUUACGACGUACUGCACAGUGAUAAGAAAUUAACUUUAGUAUUUGAACAUUGUGAUCAGGACCUUAAGAAAUAUUUUGACAGCCUAAAUGGUGAAAUUGAUUUAGAUGUUGUCAAAUCAUUCUUGUAUCAAUUAUUACGUGGACUGGCAUUUUGUCAUAGCAAAAACGUGUUACAUAGAGACCUAAAGCCACAAAAUUUACUGAUAAACAAAAAUGGUGAGCUGAAGUUGGCUGACUUUGGAUUGGCCAGAGCAUUCGGUAUCCCAGUUAAAUGUUACUCCGCAGAAGUCGUGACGUUAUGGUACCGUCCACCAGACGUAUUAUUUGGAGCAAAACUUUACACAACGUCAAUCGAUAUGUGGAGCGCAGGAUGCAUAUUCGCUGAAUUAGCGAAUGCAGGUCGGCCCUUAUUCCCCGGAUCAGACGUCGACGAUCAGUUGAAAAGAAUAUUUAAAAUGUUGGGUACACCUACUGAGGAAACGUGGCCAGACUUAACUACUCUUCCAGACUACAAAGCUUUUCCCCAGUACCAUCCUACCCAAGGAUUAGCCCAAGUUACUCCAAAGCUCCCGACCAGAGGCAAAGACUUACUCCAGAGAUUAUUAGUAUGUAAUCCAGCGCUGAGAUUAUCAGCAGACGAAGCGAUGGCACAUCCCUACUUCAACGACUUGAACCCAGCGAUAAAAAACGACCGAUGUCAAUAGCGGGGCCUCCUUUAAUUACCACCAGCUUCGACUUACAGCGACCAAGACCAAAAUACACUCCAGGAAAAAUUAUUUAUUACAAUAAUAAUAAUAAAUAAGUAAUUAAAUAAAUAAAUAAAAUAAUUAAUAAUUAAAUACUUACGCUGAUGUGCGUCCGUAAAAUUGUGAAAAAUAUUCGCGAGUCUUAUUUUGUAUGCAAUUGUCCAAAAAAACUAAUCAAUAAAUUAUCGACUUUACCACGUA